AUGACUUCGAAUGUUGCUCUUGAAAGAACCGUUGGGAUGUCUUGUAAGUUGUUGGUAGAGUUCAUAUGCAUAUUGAUUUUAAAUAUUCUGAUCUCUGCUUCGAGUGGACAGUCUUUCAACUCCUUUACACCAAAGCGAGCACAAAAUAUCAAAGGAGACUUCAUCUUCGGCGGCUUAUUUCCUGUGUUCUUGAGCGAGAAAAACACAGCAAAAUGCUACGAUAACAACAGACGUUUUCAACAGUUUAAAUCCCUACGCGGAGACAAGUUAAAUUGUUACAGGAUGAACGUGUUUGGCCUGAUGUGGGUGGAAGCGAUGCUAUUCGCAAUUGAAGAAAUAAAUAACAGUACAAUAAUACUCCCGAAUAUAACACUUGGUUACGAUAUAAGGGACACUGGAAACGAGUUUCAAUUCGCCAUGGAAGCUGCCCUAGAUUUUUCUUCCGGAUUUGAAAAGCCCAACAAAGGAUCCCAUUCGAACAGAACACAGUGCUAUAAUUCGUCAGUCGUCGCUGUAAUUGGUGGAGCGGGCUCGAAAAUAUCAAAGGCUGCGGGUUAUAUCCUGGGUGUAUCUUCGAUUCCACAGAUAAGUUACUCAUCAACAAGUCCCUCCCUUAGCAUCAAGUCGAAUUUUCCCUCGUUUUUAAGGACCAUCCCACCGGACUAUGUGCAAGCACAGGUUAUGGCCGAUUUAGUGACGUUUUACAACUGGAGUUAUGUGUCAACUAUUGCUACCGACGAAGAUUACGGAAGGCUAGGGAUCGAGGCAUUUAAAAGAGAAUUAAAGCCGCGAAAUAUUUGCAUAUCUGUUGAUGAGCUUUUUCACCCAGACUACACGCUGUCGGAGACGAAAGCACAAAUCGCGCGCAUAGUCAGCGCGCUCAAGGAAGACAAGCUUGCAAAGGUCGUUGUCUUGUUCUGCGAAAUACCAAACGCGUUAGCCUUCUUAGAAGAAGCCGAGAGACAAAACCUAGCUGGAAAAAUCUGGAUUGGAACAGACUCGUGGGGAGAUAAGGAAUCAAUUCUAUCGUUUAAAGACUCAACGGUGAGUGGGAUGUUGGCUGUUGUGCCGACCAAAGGCAACAUUGAAAAAUUUGAAAAGCACAUGGAAACACUGACACCCUUAACAUCUAAGCACAAUCCUUGGUUUGAGGAUUUUUGGCAGGGGACGUAUGGAUGUGAACAAGAGAAAAGCAAAGAUCGCUGUAAAGAGAAUCCCUCUAACAAAAACUACACGGAAUUGAACCACCAGAAUUAUACGUUGUAUGACGUCAUCUGUCAUGGUUUCUCAGGUGAUGGGCUUCCAAACGCAGGUAGUUUGCAGAUGAGUAAGGCUGCAAAUGUUAUGGAUGCAGUUUAUACUGUAGCCUUAGCACUAAAUGACAUUAUAGAGUGUAGAAAAGGACGAGGCCUUUUGCCAAAUGGCGAAUGUCCAAAAGUGAUGAAAAACCAGAAAAACGGUGUCGAUCCGUUAGAUGUUUUAACAUAUAUCAAGAACUUAUCGUUCACCGGUAAACUUGGUUUUCCAAUCAUGUUCGACAAGUAUGGAGACAUCAAAGGUUUGAAUGAUAAAUUAUUAUAUUUAUUUACAUGUAUUGUUAACCUUUAAAUCCCAAUAGUGACCAACAUCAAUUUUCUCUUAACAAUAUCUAUACAUAAUUAAAAGGAAAGUUUAUGAGAAUAAAUUAAAUGAUCACCUCAGGCAAAAUGCCUUGAUCUUUGAACAAAUUAAUUCCCUCAACUAAUUGUGUAAGGAAAUGUUUCGAGAUUAUUUUGGAGAAUUUGUAUGUGGAUACUUGGGCUUAAAGAGGUAAAAGUGUUCACAUAAGGGAUAGAGUUACACACUGAUUUAUUUUUUACAUGUAGCUUUUACACAAAAAAUACCCUGAAAUCAUUUAACUGAUAAGAACAUAAAAAGAACGGUGAUAAUGUUUAAAAUUAAAUUGCGUCUACACAUUAAACAGUACAACCUCGAUAUACAACGAAGGGCCAAGGGACUGGCUGGCAAAAUGUGUUCCCUAUAACGAGGUUUCGUUAUAUUGAGGUUCUUUUUCAUACAUUUUACUAUUUCUGGGGUACCUCUUUCGUUUUACCGAGGACUUCGUUCAGUGAGAGGUUCGUUAUAUCAAGGUUCCAUUGUACUCAGUCUUCAAAAACUAAUUAUGUACCAAACUUGGUUUCACUGGUUGCACAGUUUCUAAAAGCAGGGCGUUAUUACCGAAAUAUUUUACAUCUGAACCAAGUCAAGAAGUUACAAACUAUAUUUUCUUUUAAAACAAACGUCAACUUCGGUGGUAAAUUCGUUUAACACCAGACAGCUGAACAAAUCCGAUUGUUAUUCACAUUUUUGUGUUUAUUUAUUAGCAUUUUAAAUUUUAUUCAGAAUUACAGUUCUGUAUCGAUGUUGCGAACACAAGACUUCCGUUUUCGUAAUAAAUUAGCGUUUAUUGAUAAUCCAAAUAUGUUUUCAUAUAAAAUUUACUUUUAGUGAUUUUAGCUGGUUCACUCAACAAUAAAAGAAAAGUAAUGACUCGUUCUCGAUCUUCAAUCACCUUGACUUUACAUUAAACUUUCAAGGUCAUUUUGAUUAAAAAAGUCCCCACAAUACGGAUGACAAUCACCUGUCAACUUGCGGGGUUGCCAUCUUAAUUCACAAUGUGCAAUCUUCUAAUAUUGAAUUUACGAUCGCAGGUAAUUCUGCAGUAGAACCGUUGCUGCGUUGCACCAGUCUAGCCUGAAUUUCAACCGAUUACUUCGAGUCGCUAUUACUCCCUCAGUUGCUGAGAGGAGGAAACGACUCGAAGCAAUCGGAUGAAAUUCAGGCUAGCACCAGUCAAGUUUAGGCUUUUUAUAUUAACUGAAAAAUUUUCUCCACCAUCUAGCCGAUUUGUGAUAAGAGCAACGGUAGAUUGUUGUAGGUUAGAUUCUCAGCGUAGUAAAAUAUUUCUUCGCCUCUCAUGGUUCCCCAGUUCCCUUUGCUGAGGGCUGACGCUUCUCAGCGAGGAAGGGGAGGGGAGAACUAACAUGUGAAAGCCAUGGGGAUGCUCUUCGUCACCCUUAGGGGUAGAAAUUGCAGAUUUUGUUGUUUAGGACGAAAACCUAUAUAUCCACCAGUGUUUACCUCCCCUUCAGGUGAUAGUUUUAUAUUAGGGAGCUUAAGCAACGACGACGGAGACGGCAACGAGAACGGCAAAAAAAACAAUAGGUUUAGAUUGGCAAAACAACAAUUUAGCACGUGCAUCACGCUUUUUUGUACAUUUCUUUACAGUCACUGAAAAACUACGACGUUAAACUUCCUAAUUUUACGUUUUAUGGAGGACGUGAAAAUAAGACAACGAUUUUCGUUUUCUUUUUGUGAACUUAGAGACAGUCCUUUAAAAUUCAACUUCUAAAAAAUCGCCAACAAUUGACAAAUUAAAGGAGUUGGAAGAGCAGCAACAGCGCGAAUUCACUUUUUGGUUUACGUUUUUGCUACCGUUGCCGUCGUUGUUGCUUAAGCUCCCCAUUAUUCAGGGCAAAAACAUCAAUAGACCUUUUUACCGAUACGGCGGCCAUAUUGAAUUAAUUCGAUUUAAGGAGUAUUAUAGGAUGCCCAGGGGGCAUGAGCGAAUUUCGUUUGUAUCUUUGAGCGCUUUUCGGGACUUCUUUUCUUAAAGUUUUCUUAGAAUAAGAUUGUAAUGGGAAAAAAGAUCCUUGUGCCCAACCUCGUCCCCAGGGCUUUUCCCUCAGAAAAUGGGUGGGGCCACCCAUUUUUUGAGGGAAAAUCCUUGGGACGAGGUUGCCUUGUGCCGUGUUUUGAUGUAAUAAUGAUCGCCUUCUUCUAGUUUAGUAUUAGAAAUAUGGACUUUCACUGUAUUUUUCUCAGGAAAAAGGCGAUCAUUAUUACAUCAAAACACGGCACGAGGAUCUUUUUGCCCAUUACAAUCUUAUUCUAAGAAAACUUUAAGAAAAGAAGUCCCGAAAAGCGCUCGAAAAUACAACGAAAUGUGCUCAUGCCCCCUCAGCAUCCUAUAAUACUCCUUAAAUCAAAUUAAUUCAAUAUGGCCGCCGUAUCGGUAAAAAGGUCUAUUGCCCAUCGAUGUUUGACGCCAUUGUUUUUGAUACUUGCUAUAGGUAACUACUUAGUAAAAAGCUUGCAGUCUGACCCUGAUCACGUGCAUGGCAAGAAAUUCAUUACGUUAGGGACCUGGAAUUGGGCCAGGCGCCAGCUCCAUUUCCACAACGGUACCAACAUAUCAUGGAACGGCUGGAAUCCCAUGGUUCCUUUCUCGCGGUGCAGUUCACCGUGUGCACCUGGGUUCUACAAAGUUCAGGGUGAUUUGAAAUGCUGUUGGAAGUGUGUUCAAUGUCCGUCUGGAUCAAUCACAAACACUACUGGCCAAUCAGCAUGCUUUGUGUGUCACGUGGGAUAUACCUCAAAUGAGAACCACACGCAGUGUUUAAAGCUUCCAGAUGUUUAUCUGGAGUGGGGGUCGGUAGCCGGAAGUGUUAUUUUAGCCUUAUCGGGUUUUGGUUUCUUGAGCUCAGUUUUCGCGCUCGGUGCCUUCUGCAAAUAUCGAAACAGUGCGGUUGUGAAAGCUUCGACACGCGAAUACUCACUGUUGAUUUUAUCAAUAAUAUCUUGCAUGUUUCUUCUACCUCUGCUCUAUAUAGGCCGACCCUCUAACACCAUUUGCAUGACGCAGCCUUUUUGUUUUGGAUUGGUAAUUACACUAUGGACGUCCCUCAUGUUGACAAAAACAUUACGCCUUCUGCUGAUUUUCAAAAAAAGGCUUCUACCAGGGAGGGUUAGUAUUUAUGGCAUUCAUAUGCAACUCUUAAUAUCGCUUACUUUAACACUAACUGUCUUGGCUGCAAUCAUUCCAUGGAUGUUGAAAUUCCCUCCAAAAGUAACUCCGCACUACUUCGAGUCUCAAGUCAGCAUUGAUUGCGGCGACAAGGCGGACACUUUACUCACAAUCAUAUUGGGAUAUUCCGCUGUACUAGCAAUACCGUCGUCGUAUCUGGCUUAUAGAGCUCGUAAACUGCCUGAGAACUUCAACGAAACUCGACUUAUUGGGUUUACAUUAUUCACUGUGUGUGUCAUCUGGAUAAUAGUUGUUCCAUCGUAUCAUGACAGUGACGUGGAAAACAGGCGCAUAAUUCUAUGCUGUGCUCUCAUAACUACGGGUUUUACCAUCCUCGUUUGCAUGUUUUCCACUCGUCUAAGAAUUAUUUUAUUUCAACCCGAGAAAAACAAGACGGAACUGGUGCGAGCCAGUAUGUUUGAUUACACAAUGCGCAUGCGCAAUGGAUCGACCGCUGCUAAGCACCUUCGGAAAAUGUCCGUGGUCACCGUUGGUACUUUUUCUGUGCCAGCUAAAGAAUGUUAA